GCUUAUGAUGUUGAGUUUUGUCUACAAAUAGCACGUCUAUUGAGAGCCAAAAGUGGACUUUUGGCCGUUGUGGGGGGGGGGGGGGUACGAGUUCAAACUUGAAUAAAAAUUUGUAAGGAAAAGCUAUUUUUUUUCAAGGGCGGAAGGCGGUAACAUUGCAAGAAUUGACGAGGAAGUUCGUGUAGGAGUUUAAGAAUGAAUAAGCUCACGGUAAAAUUACGCACUCCCUUGCAUGUCAGUCUUUAAUCUCAAAAGAAUAAAAAGAAAAAUACACUUUUUAAUUUGAAAUAUGCAAAAAUGUGUAUUGGGAGUGAGAAUAAAAGAUUGUUGUAGUCUUGUCGUUGAAGUAUACAAAUUUCACCAUCUAACAGCUGUUUUGAUGUUUAUGAUCACCUAAUGAGCUUUCUAAACUUCUUUUUCUACUACUUAUAUUUCUAGUCAUCAAAAUUAUUUUGUUUGUUGACUUGGAAAUGAUUGGGAAAGAAAAGCAAAUUCGACUACAAUUAGAUAUCUUUUAUAAUACUACUAAAACUUUGACUUGAAUCGUUUACUGUUUUUUUAAAUUUUUUUGCACCCUGCGGUCGUUUCAUAAUUUCUGACAGAAAUCCCGGAAAAGUAAUUAAUAAAUUACCUAAAUACGGGAAAUUGAUUUGCUUUUGAAAACUUCGGCAAGCUGUGAAGUUAAUUUCCCUCUGAUGAAAGGAGGUUAUUACGCUUCCCUCUUGUUUUCUUUCAUCCGAUAUCUGAGGGAAACUUGAACUGCGACAAACGGAGAUAACGUGAAAAUUUACUGACAUGAUUCAUCUCUAUGAAUUCAGUAAUCUUUACCAUUCAAUAGCCUUUUGCAAGACAUAUUCAUAAAGAAAGAAACUUCAAGGAAAUUAUGUCACCAUAAAAAAAAACGAAAGAAAAGACAGAACAAGAGCCGGGAAGUUAGGAAAACGAGACGGAAGAGACGAACCAGGAAAUACAAGAAUAUUUGAUAUGUUAAGCGGCAAUUUGUCAACGAGGCCUUGUUCGUUUUUGGUUUACAAGCCUCAGACUAUUCGUCUCGUUCGAGAUGCGUACAUUGCUGCGGCGGCCAUCAACUGCAUCACGAUGUUUCCCACCAUUAUCUUGAACGUGCUUCUUAUGAGAGCCAUGUCUCGUUCGCCUGUUCUUCGGAAACCGUCGACUCUUCUCCUGUACAGUGUUUCUGCGUCGGAUUUACUACUUGGUCUGAUCGUACAGCCGGGAUAUAUCGCCAAGAAGAUUGGAGAAUUCACUGACAACUUUCAAAUUUAUUGCAAGAGUGGAAUUCUAACUUACACUAUGGGGAAUCUACUGGUUGGCGUUUCGUUUCUGAAUCUGACAGCAAUCUCUUUUGAUCGAUUGUUGAUCGUAACUUCGGGACUUCGCUACCCGAGGAACGUCACAAUGCUUCGCGUCGUCAUAGUGAUCGCGUCCAUUUGGGUGCUGAUGGCGUCAAUUUCAGCCAGCCAAUUCAUUAUAACAAGGACAACCGCCUUUACUUUAGCAGCACUUCUGAUUGGCUCCUCGGUUGCCAUAACAACCAUAUGCUAUAUCCUUGCCGUACGUAAAAUAAACCAGCAUAAAACCUCCAAGAUAUUCGUCAACAGCUCUGAAACUCAACGCGUCUCCAACGUUGCGCGAUACAAGAAAUCAACUCAGACGAUGUUGCUCGUCUUCGUUGUCUUCCUGCUGUGUUACACGCCAUAUCUUGUUGUCAUAACAACAGCGGCUAUCAUUGGCGAAACCGCAGAUGUUUGGUCGGCGGAAGCUAUCUGCACUGUUCUUGUUUACAGCAAUAGCUGUUUAAAUCCGACGAUCCUAUUUUUCCGGAUGAGGGAGAUCCGAAAUGCCGGGAAGCAGUUAUUUCGAAAAAAUCGGGUUGCUAUGGCAAUAGAAGAGCCCACGCUAUCAAUCACACGUACUGUUCGAAAUCAUAAUACUGUCGCCAUCCUUGAAAUUAUCGAGGAGAAUAGCCAUAACAGACCUAUUCCAGUCGAAUGAGUAUCUAUUAAAUCAUGGAGGUGAGAGGCCAUAACGGACCUAUUGUAACAAUUAUUUUUGGGUAAGUGGUUUAUUUAUUUUGGUCCUUUUAAUUGACGACUACGAACACUCGGCUGGGGGAGGUACCGAGUUUUACUUGUUCGCUAUUGCAAACUGAAGACAAGGUGCGUUCCAAGAGAAAAACCACAGCACCAUAUCAUGUCAUGUACAUAUAUAAUCGUGUCUUUUCGGGGCUUCUACCGUACCUCUUUUUAUAUGCCCCUAAGAUGGCAUGUUCUUUUCGAUAACCGACACUGAUAUUCCGAAAAGCUUUUAGCUCCGAUUAGAUAAGGGUUUAGCCAAUGAGGGUAUAAGGAGCGACCUUCCUACGUGGGUGUGCCAGUCGGUUACCCUUGGACUGCCGUGAGUUAUGUAAUAUUUAUAUGGUCGCUACUGACUACGGUAGUAACACACUAAAUGCUUGCUGUGUUAGUGCGCAUGUCAAGCUUCACACGUGAGGUGUAAGUGUUGUUGGUGAUAACACUGCACUCAAAGUUGCUGUAGAACAGGUUGAUAAGUGUGAUGAUCUUGUUGGGGAUCCCAUACGACUCCAAGAUCUUCCAAAGAGUCUCCCGGUGUACACUGUCAAAUGCCUUCCUAAAGUCUAUAAAGUUGAUGUACAGUGGGGCAUUCCAUUCCAGACACUGCUCGAUGAUGUUUCCCAGUGUGAAGAUCUGAUCUAUAUAUCCUUGUCCUUUGCGGAAUCCAGCCUGUUCUUGUCUCAGCCUGCUGUCAAUGGCUGAGUCAAUACGCUGGAGAAGAAUCUUACAAAAUAUCUUGAUGGGAUGGAGAGAAGAGUUAUGCCACGCCAGUUGUCACAGUUUUGCAGGUUGCCUUUCUUUGGGAGUUUAAUAGACCUCUCGCCCAUUCUCGUGGGAUGACGUUUGAGUCCCAAAUCUUGCUAAAGAGGUCAAGUAGCACAGUUGUGCUGGUGUCAAGGUCAGCUUGGAGCAUCUCGGCAUGGAUGGAAUCUAUUCCGGGUGCUUGGCCAUUCUUCAUGGUUCUGAUAGCUUCUCUAACCUCUAAAGCAGUAGGCGGGCCUGUAUCGAUGUUAAGAAUGUCUUGCGGUGGUAGGGGAUUCACUGGCUCCUCUGGUUCAGGUUGGUUAAGAACUUCUUGGAAGUGCUGAACCCAUCUGGCUGCUUGUUCACGCUCGGUGGUCAAUGUAGAGCCGUCCUUAGCUUUAAUUGGUGGUGAUUGGUUAGUUUAGCUACCGCAAAGCUGUUUCGUGAUCUUAUAAACGGUACUCAGCUCUCCUUUCAUAGCAGCAUCUUCGGCCUUGGAGGCCAUCUCCUCGAUGAAUGUUCUCUUGUCUUUUCUUGCACUCCUUUUCACUUCUCUAUCUUUGGAUGCAUAUGUGCGUUGGGCCUGUUCUUGUAGCCUGGCUGAUUUGGUGUUGAGCAUCCUAAGCUUGAAUUAUUUUCGUUCGUCUAUCUUCUUCCAUGUCUCAGGUGAUAACCAUUGCUUGCUGUUCUUCUUCUUGUAGCCUAUUAUGUUGACUGCAGCCUCGUUAUACACAGAUUUGAUCUUGUUCCAUCUGGUUUCAACCGGGGUGUCUUCAGCAUUGUCGGCAAGUGCCUGAAAGCGGUUCUUUACCUCUAGAACAAACUGCUUUUGAAUCUUGGAACACUUAAGCUUGACGGCAUCAAGUUGAUUCCUCUGCUGGAAUUGCUUCUUUACCUUGCGAAGUUUCAGUUUCACUGAUGUUACAACUAGGUUGUGGUCACUCGAUGCAUCGGCUCCUCGAUACACUCUAACAUUUAAAAGGGAUCGUCGCCAUUUUCCAUUAAUGAUGAUAUGGUCAAUCUGGUUGAGUGUUCUUCCAUCUGGUGACCUCCAAGUGAGUUUGUGGAUGUUCUUGUGGGGGAAUAUAGUACCUCCAAUUUCAAGGUCAUUGUUGAGACAAAAAUCUGCAAGUCGUUCGCCGUUGUUGUUCAUUGUGCCACAGCCAUACACGCCCAUAGCUCUCUCGUAGUUGGUAUUGUCUGUCCCUACUUUGGCGUUCAAAUCUCCAAUAACAAGCAACAUGUCGUGUCUGGGAACCCUAGAUAUUACUUGGGUUAAAUGUUUAUACCAGUCGUCUUUUGCCUCGUCAUCAGCUUCGUUUGUUGGUGCAUAACACUGGAUGAUCGUAAGUUUACAGUGUUUGGAAUCAAAGCGGGUUCUCAGUAAUCGAUCACUGAUUGGCUCCCAUUCUAACAAGGUGUAAACACAUUGACCCCUCAAAAUAUUACAAAUAUUAUACCACAAAAACCUAAUUCAUAAAACCUAAAACUAAAAAUAGGAUACAAAUAUUAUACCACAAAAACCUAAUUCAUAAAACCUAAAACUAAAAAUAGUCCCAACUACAAUUUUCUAAAAUGAUACCCAUUACAGAAAAUGAACAUAUGAACUUUGCUGUCUCAUAAAGCUCUAUGAUCUGAUGAGCCAGAGGUUGAAAGAGCUUUUAUAGGAGAAGCUGCAGAGGGAAAAAUCAUUGCUUUCGAGCAAAAAGCUGUCUUGGCUUUCUAUGAAACCUGAAUUUUACUUUUGGACCACAUUAUAUUGUGACAUGUGAAAAAAAAGUUUUUUUUAAGGUUUGUAAGACAACAUUGAGGUAUCCAGGGUUAUUGAAAAUAUUGUAGGUGGUAUCAAAACAAGGCAUAUUUUUAGGUAAUAACAGAUUCUCAAGGUCCUAAUAUGUAUGUGCACUUUUUUUUUUUAAAAUCAAAACAGAAUUCCAGAAUAGUCGAUUCAAAUUUCGAGUGUUCAUCAAAUAUAUGUUGUUUUUCACAAAUUGCUAAUACUUAGGGUUUUAGGAGACCAGCUCUGAAAAAAAACUUUUGGUUUUAUUUCUAGUAUAUCAUAGCUGUCAACCCAACUUGGACAGAAAUCUUGUCAAAUCGGAUGAAAUACAGCAAAUAUGU